CUGGUCCUUUCUUCUCUGGGCACACAGCGGGGCUUUCUUUUCCCAAAGUAGACUUUCUUGUGGCUGCAGCUUUCUUUCUGAAUUCGAGACUUUUGUUUUUCUUGAUAGUGGUCACUGUUGGUUUUUGACAGCACACGGUGCAGAAUGGAUGGUUUGUUCUUCCUCUUGGUGUAAGAAGAAUGAUAAAACCGGGGAGGAUCUGGAGUCAAGUCUGUGGCCCUGGUUUGCAGGCUGACUUGAGUGGCACACAGGUUUCGUCGCUGCCAGGAGAGAAGUGCUUUUUGACGAGGGUGAUGUUUAAAGGUUAGGUUGUGAUGUGGAGAGUUGGUUUCUUGCUCAGUGUCUUUGUUGUUUUAUGAGGGGUUGUGUGAGGGGUGGGAGUGCUCCUCCGACUGCGUGUCUGGGCUGCCUGGGAAGAAGCUCAUGUCCCCAUUCAGGUGGUGGCCAUGGUUGCUCCUGGUGUUUGAGUGCCUCUGUGAGAGGCUGCGCUCAGCAUUUUACAUAUAAUUCUAUAUGCAUUUAGUACAGCCCCAGAUCAUCUCAGGCCUGGAGGGAAGAAGUAACUUACCUGAGGUCACAGAGCUGGCAGGUGGGGGACCCACGGGAUUGGGAGGCAAGCCUGUCCUGCUCUGAGCUUCAGAAGCGUGUCAUGGGCCAUCCAUUAACGACUUCACCCUGUCCAUCCUCGGAAAGCCACCGAAGCAUGUCCAUGGCCCAUCCCUUUACAACUUCACACUGUGCAUCCUCGGAAAGCCACCGAAGCAUGUCAUGGCCCAUCCCUUUACAACUUCACACUGUGCAUCCUUGGAAAGCCACCGAAGCAUGUCAUGGCCCAUCCCUUUACAACUUCACACUGUCCGUCCUCGGAAAGCCACCGAAGCAUGUCAUGGCCCAUCCCUUUACAACUUCACACUGUCCAUCCUCGGAAAGUCACCGAAGCAUGUCAUGGCCCAUCCCUUUACAACUUCACACUGUCCGUCCUCGGAAAGCCACCGAAGCAUGUCAUGGCCCAUCCCUUUACAACUUCACACUGUCCAUCCUCGGAAAGUCACCGAAGCAUGUCAUAGGCCAUCCCUUUACAACUUCACACUGUCCGUCCUCGGAAAGCCUCCGAAGCAUGUCAUGGGCCAUCCCUUUACGACUUCACACUGUCUGUCCUCGAAAAGUCACAGAAGCAUGUCAUGGGCCAUCCAUUUACGACUUCACACUGUCUGUCCUCGGAAAGCCUCCGAAGCAUGUCAUGGGCCAUCCAUUAACGACUUCACACUGUCUGUCCUCGGAAAGCCACCGAAGCAUGUCAUGGCCCAUCCCUUUACAACUUCACACUGUCCGUCCUCGGAAAGCCACCGAAGCAUGUCAUGGGCCAUCCCUUUACGACUUCACACUGUGCAUCCUCGGAAAGUCACCGAAGCAUGUCGUGGCCCAUCCAUUUACGACUUCACACUGUCUGUGCUCGGAAAACCUCCGAAGCAUGUCAUGGGCCAUCCAUUAACGACUUCAC